AUGGAUAACCAGGAUGAAAACUUCGGCGGCGACGAAGUGUCCUGCUCAGAUUCAGUUGCUCAGACCUCAAUGAACCAUAAGAAUGAUAUUGCAGGAACUGGCGCUUGGUGGCUCGAACGCCCACCUGGCGGAAGCACAGGGAAGCAUCAGAUGGGGACAGCCGUGGGAAAGCCGUUGAAAGGCAAGGAAGACAAUGGCUUUCCUUAG